AUGUUGGAAACAAAGUCUCUAAUUCAUAAGGAGAAUGGUUAUUUGACCCCUAAGAAUAAUGUUGAAAAUGAUGAUGAGAUUAUUUCUAUCAACAAGCUUGAGAACAACAUUGGUAAUUUUGUGAGUCAUGAUGAUCAUGUCCAUGAAGAUGUUGGGGUUGAUAUUAGUGUAGCCCGUAUUGAUGUUGUUAAUAAAAAUGAUAAGAAAAGAAAAUCCGCUUCAAAAAGAAAGAAGGGUCGUGUAGUAGAAGAUGUGGAGGAUGAUAUUAAUAACAACUUGAAUGAUAUAGAGGUUUCUCUGAACUAA